CCCAGCUCAGAUUUCUCUGGCAGCUGGAAAACAUUAUCCCUGACUUUGGACGGCAUCUCUAGAGGCCCUAUCAUCAUGGCGACGAAGCUUUGGGAGAGGAUGUCGGGCGCUCAGCUGACUUUCUGUGUGAACUUCAUCACUUCCUUUGGCAUCUUCUUUGAGGGCUGGAAUCAGGGGAAUAUGGGCUUCGUCAAUUCUUCACCAGAGUACCAGCGCCUCAUGGGUAUCGGACAGAAUGGGGUCAUUGACAAGCCCUUGAGAGAAGGCGGUAUUGUAGCAAAUUAUUACCUUGGAGCAACUAUUGGGGGUCUCUGGGGCGGUCACAUUGCAGAUAAAUAUGGUCGGGUCAAGGGUGUUCUCUUGGGUUGCUUUUUUGUUCUCUUAGGAGCGCCGCUCAUGGCAUCAGCCAAGAACGCUGCUUGGAUGUGUUGCGCGCGUGUAAUCGCGGGAUUAGGUGUCGGUUUCUUCAUCACAAUCAUCCCAGUGUGGUCGGCUGAAAUCUCCAGCGCUGACAAGCGUGGAUCCGUCUUCUCAUGGGUGCUUGUCGCCAACUUUUUUGGCAUAUUCUGUGCCUACUGGACAGGUUUUGGUCUCAGUUUCAUCAAGGAUCCCGAAUCUACAAUCCGGUGGCGACUUCCCUUCGCACUUCAGGCUAUUGUUCCACUCCUCAUGAUCCCUCUUAUCUCAAUGCUGCCGGACUCGCCACGUUGGCUCCUAAAACAAGGACGCCAUAAAGAGGCAUUGAGCGUUAUAGCAGUGUUUCGAGGAGAUGGUGAUCCUGACCAUCCGGAUGCGAGGCGAGAAUAUAUUGAGAUCAUAAAGUCGAUCGAGGAAGACAAGAAGUUGGCCGACUUUGACUCCUACUGGAGGAUUGUGACAGACUAUAAGAAAGACAGGCUGCAUUUUGGGCGGCGCGCAGUGCUCGCUUUCGGUAUCCAAAUGCUUGUCGAGAUCGGAACUGGUAUCUCACUUACUACAAUCUACGCGCCAACAGUCUUUAAACAGGCUGGGUUCAGUCCAUAUAAAGCUGAUUGGCUUUCUGGAAUUAAUGGUGCUAUGGGUAUUCUCGGCACUAUCUGUGCCGUCUUUCUCUGCGAUCGAUAUGGUCGUCGAACAAAUCUUAUGGUUGGCAACGUUUUCAUGGGUUCCCUUAUGUGGAUCUUUGCUGGCCUAAGCAAAGGGGCAAUCGAUCAUCCCGAGAGCAGGGGCAAAUACGGCGCUGCUGCUUGCUCUAUGAUUCUGCUCUUUACCUUUGUUCUUUGUGUUUUCUGGAUGAUCGUCUGUUUCGUUUACGCCGCCGAAAUCUUCCCUACCAUGCUCCGUGCAAAAGGCAAUGGCUUCCUGGCGGCUGGUUGGGGACUUGGGAUUGGUAGUGGUGUCCUAUGGUUUCCACCAGUUGUUGCUAAACUGGGAUACCAAACAUUCUACAUAUUCGGCGCUUUGAACUACGUCUGGAUCGUAGUAGUUUACUGCUUCUUUCCCGAGACUGCUGGCCGCUCGCUGGAAUCGAUCGACCUCCUUUUCCGCUCCAAUUCAUGGUUCGUAUGGAAGAACGAGAGAGAUUACGCCCGUCUUCAGGAAGAACAUCAAGCAGGGGUGACAGCCAGUGUUGAAAGGCUUGAGAAAACUGGCAAGGUUUAUGUACAUGCCGGUUCCGGCAAUUCAUCAGAAGAGGUCGCUCAUGUAGAGACGGUUGAAAAACUCUGAUAAUGAGUCGUAGCUACAAACCAGCUUCGUUAGUAUUGGUUGUAAAUAGCUGGGAAUGGCUUGUGUUAUUCUGUUGCCAAUAACCUCCGUAUUAAUGUUUGACUUCUGAC